AUGUCGAAAGACACAUCUCAAGGUCGUGGAGAAGAUGUUAGUCUGUUAGAGAAGGGUCACAUCAUUGGCAUCAAGCAGAGAAAACAUCUAAGGAGAUUGCAGAGGAGAGAAGCCGGUGACAAGCUACCGAUAAGACACAUGAUGGAUGGAGCAGUUUACUCCUUGACCUGUUACACGUGCGCAUCUGAGAGCAGCAACAGCAACUGCAUGACGGCGACCAACUGCAGCGCCACAGACACCAGCUGCAUGACCUCCGUGGUGUCCGGCGGAAUCGGUAGUCUCUCUAUCGCCACCAUUACUAAGACUUGUACCGCAGUCUGUGCAGAAACCGGAAUUAACGCUGUUGUGGUCUCAACAAAAGUGUCCUGCUGCAACACUGACCUGUGCAACACCAGCGGAACCAGCAGCAUCAAGGCCACCUACACCGUCCUCGCCGCAGCCCUGGCCGCCAUCGGGGUUCUCCUCAGAAGCUCCUCCAUGUGA